AUGGCUCGAACCAAACAGUCUGCACGAAAAAAUGUCUCCCCCUGUACACCACCCUCUUCAUCUUCCUCAUACCAAUCCAGAGAGCGUUCUCCCUCUCCACCACCUCGCCCUUCACCACCACACCCAUCUUCUGCCUCUCCCUCUUCUCACAAUAGUCAAGAAGUUCUAAACCUCAUUCCUCUGUCUACCUUUCUUCCACCACUAUACACUCGUCCUACACCAAACUUCGCUCAAGUGCCUCCCCAUCUUCGCACCAGAAUCACUCAUCCACGCCGCUCCAUGCGUGUCCAGUCUGGUAUUGGUACGUCGAAAUCCAUAAACCCUAAACCAUUUUAUUUCAUCAUUUCAGACUCUGAGAGUGAUGACUCUUCUGAUUCGUGUCCCCCAGUAGCAAAAUCACUAAUACAAACUGAACCACAAAGAAACACGAUGCCCACAGUACCAACACCACCACCACAAAUUCCAUCAACAACUACUAAACCUUCGACACCCUCAAAGUCAACUUUCUCUUCUGAACCUUCGCACUCAACUCCUCUCCAUCAAAAACGGAGAUCGUUAAAUGACAUUGUUUCCCCUUCCACAAACCAAAAAGAACCAAUCUCUCAACCAAAACCACCAACUAAACCCAUGAGAACCAAAAACACAAUCACUAUUGCUCAAUUUCUUGCUCGAAAAAAUCUCCCAAAUCCUCAGAGAAAGAAAACGCUUGCCCCAAAACAAAACCUAAAAACCAAUGGAAAUGCUGUUCUGCACCAUACUGAUGUUCUUGGCUGGACUUCAUUCUUAAAGAUCUCUGAAUCUUACUUCCCAGAUGUUCUCCCAACAGAAGGGCCAUCUGUCUUUGGUGACAAUUGGUAUUUGGUUUUGGGUCUUAGAAAGACAAAUGUUUUGGCCGAGCUGUUUGAAGAAAACUCCACACGAUUUUUGGCCACUUAUUUGAAGCCUCUUCCCAAAGAAAUAUCAGACAAAACUCCUACACUAGAACGUUCUCCACCUCCUCCAGAACGUUCUCCAGAACUUAUCCCAUCACCUUCCACUCUUUUUGCUCAAACAUCUGGCAAUGUCCCUUCACAUAUUCCCUCUUAUUCUCAACCACUUCACUGCCCUACACAUGACUUUAGUACUAUCUUGUCUAAUCCUCUUCUGUCUACCAUGUCUCCACUAUUUGUUUCACCACAGAAAACCAGUUCCUCCAUUUUCGGCAUAAGUCAGUUUUUGAACUUUCCCGCUACUGCUGGCCCCUCUACCUCAUCUGUUGGCCCUCUACCAUCUGUUUCAUCUUCUUUUGCCUCUUUUCCAUCCUUAUCUACCAUGCCUAUUCCUUCCAACACAGUUGUUGCUACCUCUUUUCAACCCUCCGCUCACCUUCCCUCCACUUCCACCUUAGUUGCACCCUCAAACUCUGAUAUCAUGGCCGCUCUCCAGAUCAUCAUGGCAAGACAAAUUCUGCAUGAUCAAGAGACUGCUUUACUCAGAACUUGGAUGGCUGAUCACCUUGCUCCCAAGCAGGGAAUUCCACCUCCGCCUCCUCAUCCCGUGCCACCUCCCUCUCAGAUCCCUCCUGCUGGAAAAUCAUCCUCCUCCGAAGGAUCUUCUCCCUCCCUAGCCUCUUAG